AUGUCGCGGAAGAAACCGACGAGAAAUCCUUUCUAUUUCUUCAUGUUGGAGAAGAUCCCGGAGCUGAGGCGGCAGGGCUUUGAGGUGAAGGGGCUGAAGGACGCGGCCCCCCUCUGCAGCUCGGCCUGGACGUCACUGACGGCAUUGGAAAAAGAGAAGUUUGCACAGAUGGCCCAUGAAUGGAAAGCUGAGAAGGAUGACAAGACAUUUAAUGAACCUUCAAAGAGACAGUUGCAGAACCCAAUAUUCUCUGUAACAGCAAAGGGAACAAAUAAUCCACCUAUGUCCUGGUCCAGUGAUGAAGGAGUCUGUGAUGAAGUUUUCCAUUUUGUUAGUUUUUUGAGCCUGGCAGAUCUCCCCCCAAACUCUGAACAACGUUUCCUUCCUUGUGAAAUGGCUUGUGUUAAAUAUUCAUUGAAGAAUGGCAUCAUCAGUGAAUUUCAUUACUUCAUAGAUCCAGGUAUGAUCCCUUGUGGUUUUCGGUACCAUUGUCAAGUAUCAAGUGAUGCCACUCACAAAAUUCCACUUUCAAACUUUGAACUUGCAAGUUCCAGUUACAGUGAGGUCUUUCAACAGUUUUGUGCUUUUCUGAGGCAAGAAAGAAGCUGUGGUUUCCCUCCAGUUUACUGUAAGUUAGCUGAGUGCUUCAGAGUGAAUUGGUGUUUGAACUGGUUGGCCAGAAAAGCAGGUAGAAGCACUCCUGUGAAUGCUUUUGAGCUUGAAGAACUGAUAGAGAAACUUUAUGAACACAAGUUAAAAGAGAAACCUUCCAAAGCUAGUGUGGAGAGAAUGCUGGAUGUAAUGAUUUGGGAUUAUGCUGCAAAUACUAGAUGCAGAUGGCAUGACGAGCACGACAUUGUGUACUGUGCCUUGGCAACAACCAAGAAAUAUGCGUAUUGUAUCAGUGAUUCUUUGGCUUCCAUCUAUAAAUUUGAGGUUACAUCAGCACAUGUCCCAAAAAAGGAGUUGAAUUAUGGCACAAAGUUGAACCCCAAAGUGCUAGUACUGGACAAUUACUAUCAGCAAGCAAAACCAAUGAAUAAUUUAAGACAAUACAUCCAUUCACCAGUUGAAUCUACAGCUUCGAACAUCUCUGGUGAUAAAAGCUGUGUUUCAGCAUCCAGUUUAAGGGAUUAUCCUAUUGCAGCACAAUUUGGGAGAGGAAGAGGUGCUCUGGCUGCAUGGCUGAAUUUUCCAUCUCGCUCACCACCAGGAUUUCAGCAGUAAAUAUAUUCAAUAAUAUUCAAUGGUUUUAAAGAAAAUCAUUUAAUGUAGCUGUUUGU